AUGACUUCAGAGACCCUCGUCCUGGACCUGCGUCCCAACCAUCGUCUCCUCACUGCAGCGAAGCGAUAUUCUGUGCCUCGCACAAGUCCUGCGAAUCAUGAUGCCUUGACUCUCUUAUUCGUCCAUAGCACGCAUACGUGCAAGGAAUACUGGGAACCUACCAUCGACGAGUUUCUCGACAUUGCGUCUGCGAGAGGACAUCGCGGCGUGCAGGAAAUAUGGGCGGUGGACUCGCCGUACCAUGGCGACACGGCCUUGCUAAAUCCUGACAAGCCGGAGAUGCCGUAUUCCGGUCCCUUUGAAGACUGGGAGCAUUGGCUGCGCGCGAUCUUACGCCACGACGCCCUCUGCAACCGUCGCAUCGUCCUCAUCGGCCACUCAAUGGGCGCCGCCGUCCUCCCUCUAGCGAUCAUCCGCGAACCCCGCCCUCACAACGUCGUCGCAUCGAUCCUCGUCGAGCCCGUCGCUCUCCAUAGUGUCGAGGCGUGGAAGAAGCUUGCAAGGGUGCUCCCCGAGGGUGCAAGAAGACGCGGUCAUCGCUUCAAGUCGCGCGAGGAGGCGCUGGCGCAUUUCCGAACGUUGCCUUCGUGGAAGGGGUACGACGAACGUAUAGGUCGGAUAUAUGUGGACUUUACCUUUACGCCGCUCAAGGAAGGUGGCAUCGCUUCGAAGUGCUCCCUGGAGCGAGAAAUCGAGUGCUACAACGACAUGGAGGGCCUGUACCGCGUCUUCCGGUCAUUACGCCCCGCCGCCCAAGCCGUGCCCAUGCACAUCACCAUGGCAGAAGGGGACCGCUUCGCAGGCCCUGCGUUCAAGGAAGGUAUCCUCAACGGUGCACUGGGGCCCGAUGGCAAGCCAGCAACUGUUUCUACGAUCUUAGAUGCAGAGCAUGAGGUCGUACAACAAAAGCCGAGGGAAGUAGCGUUGCAUAUACUAGAGGCUAUGAUUGGGUUACUAGACUCCGUGCAUGCGAAGCUGUGA